AACACAAAAGAAGAAGAAGAAGGGUCGGGGAAAAGAAGAAGAAGAAAGGGAAAAGAUAAAGAUCCAAAUCUCUCCUCUUAAUAAGGACGUUAGCAAUGAUGUUGCAUGGCUUCAAGAGCAGUAAACAGGAUUUCACUUUUGGAUCAUGGAAGGUGACAGCGGCAAAAAACCACAUCAUGAAAUCUAAAGACAUUGAACGAUUAGCAGAUGAACUGAACAUGCCUUCACUCCCAGAGAUGUUGUAUGGGGAUAAUGUUCUGCGGAUCCAACACACAGACCACUACGGCAUUGAAUUUAAUGCUAUUGAUGCUCUCAAGAAAGUCAACAAUAUGGAAGACACUGUGAAGGUAGCCUGUGCUCAAGAAUGGCAGGAGAGCAGAGCUGAGUCUGAACAUGCCCAAGAAGUACUGAGGCCUUUCGACUGGACGUUCACCACAGAUUACAGAGGAACGCUUCUAGGAGAAGAACUCCAGAUAAAGGUGACUAAUACAGAGGAACGCAUUGACAUAGAGAAGCUGAAAGCUCGAGAGCACAUCAUGUUCUUUGAAGAGGUUUUGCUGUUUGAAGAUGAGCUUCAUGACCAUGGUGUCUCAAUGAUUAGUGUCAAAAUUAGAGUGAUGCCAUCCAGUUUCUUCUUAUUGCAGCGUUUCUUCCUGCGUGUGGACGGAGUCUUGAUUAGAAUAAAUGAUACUCGUGUUUAUUAUGAGGAUGGAAAAGAUUACAUGCUGCGAGAGUUCAGUACCAGAGAAAAUACAAUAACAGAACUUAAGUUCUUGAAGUCAGAGGCAGACCUGGAGUACAUUGAAAGGCGGCUGAAGCUGGAUUUCAUCAACGGUGCUUCAGAGAGUGGAAGCUUUGCUAAGGAAAAUGUGACUGGGAUCCUGGAAAAUUUGAAGUCUAUCAAGGCCAAACACUCUCUUCUCAGGUGUCAGGUCAGCCAGAUCACAGAUGCUCAGAAAGGGUCCAUGGAGUUAAUCAGAAACAGACUCGGCACGGCCAUGGAACUGAUCAAACAUUGCCAGCAAACUUCUCAUUUGGAGGUUGAGUCACUGGCAGAGUCAGAGCAGGGGUCAGCCAUGUUCCUGGAUUCAACCAUUAGUUCAAUCACAGCUGAACUUAAGAGUUAGUCACGCGGAAUCCAGUUAAACAAGAAUCUACAUCGCCAAGUGAAACGGAAGCCACGGAAAGUGAAAAGAGUCAGCUGGAGUGAAUCGGAGAGCAGUAACCUCCACAUGAACUAUUAAUUAUAUUGGUUUAUGAUUAAUAUGCAUAUUAAAAGUUUAAUUAAAGUAGUUGUUUUAUUGUCAUUGAUGGCAGUAUUCUAACCAAAGCCUCUUUCCUCUCAUGCUUAGUGUUUAAAAGGAUCCACGACUAGUUGAACAUGUUGGCCUAAAUGGCCAACUCUUCUGUUUAGUCCUCCUCCUCCUCAUCACCUCUUCUGAUUUCAACGUUCCAAUCGAUUUCAAUUCUCUCUGGUUCAAAUUGAAAAAGCUUAAUGUUUUGGCUGGAGGAGCCAGGCAGUUGGACCAUUACAAAUCAUUUACCCAGAAUGCAUUGCAGCGUGAACAACAUGGCGACAUUCCUGUGAAAAUAUUUUAUUAAAAUUUAUAAAAACAAAAUAACCUACAGUAUUAUUACUGUAUUGUUUCUACAUCUAAGAUAAAUAUUAUCGGCCCAAGCCUCCAUGGGGCCCUAAGCGAAAUGUGGUUUUGGGGCCCUCUAGUUCUGCUAACAAUGUGGACUGGCUGCAAUCAUUAGGUCCGAUCAUUAGGUCAUUCACACACCUGCUAUAAUCUUAUUGCAUCUCUGGCAGUGCUGUUUACAUUAUAUACAUGUAUAAUAGGAUACAUUUAUUGGCCAACUGAUUUAUCGACCAGCGGAUUUCUGGUCACCAAUUUCCUUAAUUUUGGAGGAUCGUGAUUGGCCGAUAUUUCCAUGUGAAGCCCAUCUUAUCCCCUAAUCUUAUCUUCAUUAGCAAAGGUUUAAAAAUCAGUCUCUGUCCUCUGGUGCUCUACAGUGAGAGGUUUGACUGACAGACCAACCCACCAGGUCAGGUCUGCACGUUUACAGUUAACAAUAUUCACCUCACUGUUGCCAACUCAAUGACUUUCUUGCUAUAUUUAGUGACAUUUCAAACAAAAAAAAAAAACACCCUUGUCCCUUAGAGCAGUGGUCCCCAGAGAGCUAAACAUGAGCUGCAGGUUGCCCUUCUGUGCAUAACCUCCCAUAACCUAAAUGUAGUGGCGAUUGUUUGUCAAACCAAACAUCCAAUAAAAGUUCCAUCAGCCACUAUAUGGCACAGGGGUCAAGAUUCUUUACGCAGGCAAAAGAAGUUUAAUGUCCAAACUUGUUGAUUAUCUUGGUUGCUUUUUUUUUCCUUUUCAGCAAUAAAUUACAACGUUCAAACUUUC